CCGCUCGAUGAGGAGGAGCGGAUGGGCUUCCUCUGCAGGCUCGGCAUCUUGGAUACUGAGCCCGAGAAACGAUUUGACGACAUCACCCGACUGUGCUGUCUUGUAUUCAAGACCCCCAUAGCCCUGGUCUCUCUGGUGGACAAGGACCGGCAGUGGUUCAAGUCGGUGCAGGGGCUACCUGUACGACAAACCGACAGGAAGUCGUCAUUCUGCGCAUGGACGCUCCUUCCUGAAUAUCCCGAGGUGCUGGUGGUGGAGAACGCCCUGGAGGACAUCCGCUUCCGCAACAACCCGCUCGUGCUGGGGUCCCCCCACAUCCGAUUCUACGCGGGUUGCCCCCUAGUGGCCACCAACAAGCUGCGGCUGGGGUCGCUGUGCAUCAUUGACAACAAGCCGCGUGUCUUCGACGCCGAGUCCUGCAACAUGCUGGCCAACAUGGCGGAGAUGGUG